AAACUCAUGACAAUCAUCAAAAACCCUAAUCUAACUCAUGACAUAUAUACCCCAGUAGCCACCUCGAACUCAACUCUUCCAUAGGGAUUUCGCAGUUUGUAUCUCUCUCCGUCUCCCAAGAACCCUAGAGCUCUUAAUCAAGCUCGUCUUGUAGCAGCCAUGUCGAAGAAGAAGACUAGAGAGCCAAAGGAGGAGAAUGUGACGCUAGGACCUGCUGUGAGGGAUGGAGAGCAUGUUUUUGGAGUUGCCCACAUUUUUGCAUCGUUCAAUGAUACUUUCAUUCACGUCACUGAUCUGUCUGGCAGGGAAACCCUUGUUCGCAUCACUGGUGGUAUGAAAGUGAAAGCAGACAGAGAUGAGUCUUCUCCAUAUGCUGCUAUGCUUGCAGCACAGGAUGUUUCAAGUAGAUGCAAGGAACUUGGAAUUACUGCUCUUCAUAUUAAGCUCCGUGCAACCGGUGGUAACAAAACCAAGACGCCUGGACCAGGUGCCCAGUCUGCUCUUCGUGCUCUUGCUCGAUCAGGAAUGAAAAUUGGUCGCAUAGAGGAUGUGACUCCAAUUCCAACUGAUAGCACCCGUAGAAAGGGUGGUAGAAGAGGAAGAAGGCUUUGAGCAGUAUCUUGGAGUCGCUCUGUUUUUAUGUUAUCCCUAUGGGAUGGUCGCUCUUUAAUCAGCUGUUGCUUUUCAGUUUUGGAACUAAUUAAUUUUUUAUUUAUGUCUGGAUGAAAGAUCUAUUUUGAGCUUUAUGUAAAAGCAAUAGGCUUAAGCAGAUUGGGAUAAUUGUUUUCGUGCACUACAUAUAAUGUCAUGAGUCAAAUUCAGAAA